AUGCAAAUAAAGAACAGGAAAAACUUAAAAAAGAAGAAGAACUUACGCAAAAACCGAAAACGUAGAGAGGAAAUAAAAAAAGAAAAAUGUCUAAAAGUGGCCAAAAAACUCCCAAAAAAGCAAAAACAGGAACCAAGAAAAUCAAAAAUUACAAAAACAUUUAAACCAGUAUUGAGUAUAAGUAUGGAGUCUGAAGAUGAUACCACAUGUUUAUAUUGUAAAGAACCAUACACUUUGUCAAAAAGUGGUGAACCAUGGAUCAAAUGUUGUGGAUGUGCUGAAUGGGCACAUGAACUCUGUGCUGAUUCUGAAAACACGAUUGCUUACAUUUGUGAUUUUUGCCGUUAA